CUCUCGGGGAACCAAAAUGCUACGAUGGUCCGUUGGAGUGUUUCAAGAAGGUACGAUGUGGAAGCCGCUGAACCAGGAGGAAGAGAUGCAUCAUCCAUUGUUUGAUCCUAUAUUGAAAAAAAGUCAUAAGCAUGCCAAAAAGAAAAUUGCGAAGAUUAUUGAAGCAUUAUUGACGUUAUUGUCUUUCAUCAUCAUCUGCUGUCCAAGAAAAAAAGAUGCAGGAAAUGGCAAAAGAUUCGAGGAGUUACCCAACGAGAUUAUUCUCAAGAUUCUUUCGUACUGUGACUUCACCACAAAGAUGAAUAUGAGAGCUAUAAGCCGUAGAUUUUAUUCUUUGGUCGAAAAAGCUGCCUUCUCGUUGGUUCGUAGGAAUCUCGUAGGUGGAGUCGAAAUCUGGAAAGGAGAGAAGAUAGAAAACACACUUGAAAGUGAUGCCUCAUCUUCGUAUGGACGCUAUCAUGUAACACUUCGUCGCCCGCUCAAGCGUGCUCAUCUCAAGAUGCCUUCAGACCGGCUUACCAACAUCAUGAGACAUGUCUCCGUAUGCCAUUCCCUGAAGUUGUGCGGGCUCCCGCUGGAUGAAGUAAUGGCUGCGGAUAUACUGGAUGCUUCAUUCAGAACGGUGAAUGAUGUUAUAAUUGACCGGGUUCAUGCGGUGACAGCUGAGACCCUCAAAAGGCUCGUUCGUAAAACACAUCCUUCUAAGAGUCUUAUCUUCUGCAAUCACAGCACUUUGCAAGCGUCAGAGGCAAUAGUACCAGAUUUACUCCUUGCCUGCUCGGCCAGUAAUAUAGCUAUCGAACCAAGUGUGACUUUGCUUCAUCGCAAGUUCGACGACGCUGCGCUAGUUCGUCUCGUUAUCUCGGAUCUGGCAAUUCAACGGGCCAUCCGUCUGCCGCUAUGUGCCAUCACUCACAAUGGCAUCAACAAGGCAGCACAGGCGUUCUAUAAGCGGUGCUGUGAGGUAAUGGCUGAACUCACCUCGGAAAUGCGUGCACCUCAGUGGAAAAUCUCGGUCUCGUUCCCGUCAUCUUUGCUGAUUGAUCGAAGCUUGAUAGAAAUUCCUAUAGAAAUGCAAGGAUUAUGCACCGUUUGGGGUUAUCUUCCUAGUUACAAUGACAGCUUUACCGUAGAGGUGCGCGUUGGAGGGAUGAAUCUUCGGAUUAUUGUGGAGCCAGCAUAAGUUGCGAAAAAUUGCAAAGAAUAUUUUGCACUGUUUCAUCUUGCUCCAUUAAUCUUCAUUACUACACUGCGGAAGUAUGUUCAUAUCUUUUGUCCAAGAUUCUAUACUGUGAUUCGGGAGUUCCUGAUCUGUGAUCUAUCUACGAGGUACCGUGGCAGGACUAUACCUGUUACAGUUUGUUUUAUGCUCAGUACUCACCCUGCACCCAUGUAUGAAUACAUCUCAUUCAUAAAGAUUAUAUCUACAAAAUUUGUAAUCCUGUUUGUACUUUA